AUGCCGCUUAAUGCUCAAGCCAUCUAUCCUGCGGCGGACCCAGAGUUUGUCGCGUUCCCCAGCCGCAGGAGUGUAGUACACAGUACCAAGGGUAUUGUGUCAAGUUCACAGCCCUUGGCUUCAAACUGUGGUCUACGAGUGUUGCAACAAGGUGGAAACUGUGCAGUAAGUGGACCUAGCUACUCGCAAGACUCAUGUACUGACAGAAUACACAGGNAUGCAGCCGUCGCAGUCGCUGCAGGUCUGAACAUGACCGAGCCCGGUAGCACGGGUAUCGGUGGUGACAUGUUCUGUCUGUUCUACGAUGCAAAGACCAAGCAGGUCCACGCCUUGAACGGUUCUGGCCGCGCUCCAGGGAACGCAACAUGCGAAAAAGUACGACAAUCUCUCGGCCUGAAAGAGGGCGACAACGGCACAAUUCCCAUGCACAGUGCACACGGAGUCACCGUUCCUGGAGCGGCUGCUGGCUGGGUCGACGUGGUUGAGAAGUUUGGCAGUGGAAAGCUGAGCAUGGAACAAAUCUUGACACCUGCCAUUGAGCUGGGAGAGAAUGGUUUCCCAGUUUCGGAGAUCAUGGGUUACUACGUAACCGAGAAGUCAAUUCGCGAUGCCUCGCCCAACUUCGCCGAAAUGCUAAAGAAGGAUCCCGAUGCAAAGGACGGUUGCCGCGCUCCAAAGCCUGGCGAGAUCAUGCGCAACCCUACUCUGGCUCAGACGUUCCGCGAGGUUGCCAAACACGGAAAGGCCGGCUACUACACUGGAAGAAUUGCAGAAGAGUUGGUCAAGGUUGUACAAGAUUUGGGAGGCUUCAUCUCCUUGGACGACCUGAAAAACCACAUGGACAAGGGCAGCGAGGAGGUUGACCCCAUCAAGCUCAACUACCGUGGACAAGGCAUCGCAAAGUCGCAUGGAGAGACAAUGCACGACAAGAGCUCAGAGGGGGUCGAUGUAUGGGAACAUCCUCCCAAUGGCCAGGGCAUCGUCGCCCUGAUGGCCUUGGGUAUGCUGCAAGAGUUGGAGAAGAACGGCAAGAUUUCCACCUUCUCCGACAAGGACCACAACUCUGCCGAGCACAUUCACGCUGUCGUUGAGACCCUUCGUAUUGCCUUUGCCGAUGCGAACUGGUGGGUCGCAGACCCCAACGUAGUCAAGGUUCCUUCUCAAGAGCUCAUCUCGGAAAAGUACCUGGCCGAGCGUGCUAAGCUCUUCGAUCCCAAGAAGGCUGGUGAUAUCCCUGACCAUGGCUCUCCUGCACACAACCAUUCUGAUACUGUCUACUUUGCUGCAACUGACAGCGAAGGCAACGGUAUCUCAUUCAUCAACUCCAACUAUGCUGGUUUCGGCACUGCUAUCAUCCCCAAGGGAUGCGGCUUCACUCUCCAAAACCGUGCCUGCAACUUCAUGCUGCAACCAGCUAACCACCCCAACAUUUACGCUCCUAACAAGCGCCCUUACCAUACCAUCAUUCCUGCUCUGAUCACCAACAAGGCAGAUCAGAGCUUGCACUCUGUCUAUGGUGUUAUGGGUGGUUUCAUGCAGCCUCAAGGACACGUCCAAGUGCUGUUGAACAUGCUCGUCUUCAAAAUGACUCCACAAGCAGCCCUCGAUGCACCUCGUGUCUGCAUUGGCGCCGGUAUGCCCGAUAGUGGUGAUGUCUUUGACAAGACUGUUUACCUGGAAGAUGGUAUCUCAGAAGAGACUGCCGAUAAGCUGCGCGCCAUGAGCCACAAUGUCGAGAUUAUCAAGGGCCACGGCCGAGGUCUGUUCGGUAGGGGCCAGAUUAUCAGAUGGCAUGUUGACCCUGUCGAAGAUCGUGGUGUCUGGAGCGCAGGCAGCGACCCAAGAGCCGAUGGUCACGCCGUUCCGUGGAUGUAA